GAGCUAGAGCCAUGUCCAAGAUAUUUGAGACUAGUUGACUUUUAUGGUCAAUUAUUGAGCUCAUUUGCAUAGACCCUGCCGACUAAGAUGAGCAAACUAAAACUUUUCUAUUUGCUGUCGUUGUUGCUGGUAUUAAAUUUAAUUUUGGAUUUGGGUUACGCUUGGACAUGCGCAUACAAAGAGUUUCCCGUCGAAACAAAAAAGAUUAAAGGCCCUUGGUGGAUCUACGCCACCAGUCCCAAGAGCUCCAAAUAUUGUAUGUUGAAAAAGUUGGAUCUCUACUGGACGCGCAUUACCAAGACGGACUACAUCAACUAUGCCGUCGAGCUGCACUGCACGCCGCCCUGGUUUCGUCAUCAAGCGGCCAUAUAUACGCGAAAAAAGGAACCAUCUGAGGCAGUGCUAAAGAAGAUCACAGAUUAUCUGACAACUGUGCAGUUGUCGCUGGACAAAUUCAAGCCUCAAAAUAUGAGCACAUGCAAGAACUACAGCAAUGAACCGCUGCAGGUCUGGCAUAGAUAUAGAUAUAUGCAUUUGGAUUUCAAUCCACAUUUCAUAAGGCCGUUGGUUAAAGACAAAGAUAUUUAAACGCCAGCUUAGUCAUAGCCACUUUCUUUCAAAUUAAACGCAGCUUAAAG